AUGGCAGCUGUGGAUACUACGAAAGUUUUCAAGGAUAAUAUCUUUGCUGGAAAAGUCUUGCUCUGCUCUGGUGGUGGCAGUGGCAUUUGUCGUGGCAUGACCGAAGCCAUGGUCCGUCAUGGUGCAAAGGCCGUCAUCAUUAGUCGAACUUAUUCUAAACUCGAAAAGGCAGCUCAAGAAAUGAGUGCGGCCACAGGUGGCGAGGUCUUCCCUGUCGCUGCUGAUGUACGCAAACCCGAGCAAGUUGAAAAUGCUGUGGCAAAGACAAUUGAAAAGUUUGGACGUAUCGAUUACUUGAUCAAUGGUGCAGCUGGCAACUUUUUGGCUCCUUUCAACAACUUGUCGUACAAUGCAUUCCGCACUGUCAUUGAAAUUGAUCUGUUGGGCACCUUCAAUCUUACCAAGGCUACUCUUCCUCAUCUUAAGGCAUCCAAGGGCUCUAUCAUCAAUGUCAGCGCUACCUUGCAUUACAAUGGCAUGAUUUUCCAACAACACGCCGGUGCAGCCAAGGCAGCUAUUGAUGCUUUGACCAAACAUUGGGCAGUUGAAUUGGGUCCUCAUGGUAUUCGUGUAAAUGGUAUCGCUCCUGGACCUAUUGCAUCCACCGAAGGAUUGAGUCGUUUGGCCGGAGGACUUCUUGAACCAGAGACGAUCCCUGCACAGCGUGUUGGAGAAGUGGAUGAUAUUGCACAAUCGACCGUAUUCCUCUUUUCACAAGGUGCUAGCUACAUCACUGGUGUAACAUUGGUUGUUGAUGGUGGUCAUUGGCUUACCAAUACCAGCCCAGCUUAUCCAGCAGCUGUUCUCGCCGACAUUGACAGCAAGUUGUAG